UUACAAGAGAGAAGUCGGCCCAAGUAGCGUGCGCGCAGAAGCUACUCCCGAAGAGUCGCUCUCCUGCGUCCACGCCUCGCUUGCGGCGACUAGGGCGACUGCCGCCGCCGCCCUUCGCCCAGCUGCCCAGGUCUUCGUCGGGCGCUUUACCGGUGAAGAGCGCCCACCAUACCAGUCGUGGCGCCGAGCCCUACUCCUCCUCCCGCCGCCGCCGCCGCCGCCGCAGACUCUUCCUCGCGACUCGCCGCUCGCCCGACUUUCCGAGCUCCGACACCAAGGUCUGAGUGUCUGACUACCACGCUGCACCUACGACCUCGAGGCGUCUCCACCGCGCCAUUGGCAAACUAACUCACUUUACAGGAACACCAUGGGAGAGUCGAGCAAGGAGCUCCUGGACCUGCCCUCCGACCCCAGGCCUCCCGCCUCCUUCAUCGAGUCGCUUCUCGCUGGCAGGGAGCAGCAGCAGCAGGAUAAGGAGGGAAAGCGUAAGUUGGGGGCGUCCACUGAUCCCCUGCCCAAAAGCCAAGUUAUCGGGAAAGUGAAGGAUUUCUUGGGGGAGAUUGCAAGGGCCAACCAGAAGUUGCAGCUUGAUGCACAGAACAAGCCUCCUGUGGAGUACGAUAUUGAAGCCCUUACUGGGAACGAGGAGGAAUACAUUGAGAUGGAUCUGCUUCUAGGUGUCGCUGAUCUUCAUUCAGAGCAGGCUGUGGAGGCAGCUGAAGCAACAAUAAACGGACGCCAGACUUCAGAAAUGUCAUUUGCUUGCAGCUCAUCUGACUCGGAAGAUGAUAGUGAUGACAGCGAUGAAGAUGCUGAUGACAAACCUCUCACGUCUGACAAAGAUAAUAAAUGUAAAAGUCCUGAUGAUGCGGAGAUGGGUCCAGCGAAAGGAAAGAAGCCCAAUAAAAGACAGAAAAUUGUUGUUCUCAACUAGUACCCUUGUCUUCUGUACACCUAAGAACAAGGGCUGGAGCGCAAGUGGUGAAUGUGUUGGCCUGGUAUUAUCAGAAGUUACGGAGGGACUCUCUCUGUUCUUUUUUAUUUGUCACGGUUUAGUUUAAAAAUGAACAGGGGACAAAUAUUCGAGAAGGGAGGUUGUAUUUUUUUCAGUGUUGUGCAAUGUUCAGGCCAGCUAGGGCAACGUGCACGGGGGCUAAAAGAAGUAAUGCAUAUUCCAGUUUAUACAAUGCGUUCCAAUGUUCUGGCCUC